GUCCUGGUGCGCCGGCGCAGAGCGCUCUGGGAGUGCAGCUCGCUGCCGCGCGCUGGGGCCGCCGCGUCCGGCAGCGCCGGGGGGGCCGCGAGCGACGGAGCGGGAGGCGAGCGGGGCGGGUCUGCGGGGCCCCGCCGCUGAACCGGCGCCCUGGGACGGCGGGAGAAAGUGGGUGUUUGGCGGCGAGGUGGGAGCGGGGCGCAGCUGAGGCGGCUUUUUCCUUGCUAAAGUCACCGCGAAACGCACGUCGUUGGCUGCGCCCCUGGCGUGGGCAGCAGUCGGCGAGGCGUGGUUUAAACUUCUGCCCUUCGAUGUUGUGUCGCAGCAGCCUCGGAGACGCUUAAAAACUUGUCGUGUUUGGUUGCCGUACCCAGAACACCCCCCCACACACCACCACCACCACCACCACCACCUCCGAGGCUAGAGGAGCUGCGUGCGGUUCACUUAUUUACAGCCAGGGCUUUAUCUGAGCGGACCAUCUUUCGAAAUGGGAGCCACGAUGUUGAGUAUUAGAAGGAAUUUUUCAGUGCAUGUGUUGAAGUCAUCAAGUUUGUGCAGUGAGUGUAUGCAUUUCUGGAAGCAAAAUAUGAGAGUCACAGGAAGUCUGACACAAUGGAGCUGUAGUCAGAGAAACCACAGUUCCCUACCAGGAGAUGUUAAGUCUCUACGUUCUAUCAUUAACCCUCAUAUAUCCAGAAUCCGUAACAUUGGCAUCAUGGCGCACAUUGAUGCAGGGAAAACUACAACAACAGAGAGAAUGCUGUAUUAUUCUGGAUACAUAAGAUCACUUGGAGAUGUUGAUGAUGGGGAUACAGUGACAGAUUUCAUGGUACAAGAGCGGGAACGUGGUAUUACCAUUCAGUCUGCUGCUGUUACUUUUGACUGGAAAGACUAUAGAAUCAAUCUGAUUGACACCCCAGGUCAUGUCGACUUUACAGUGGAAGUUGAGCGUUGCUUGAGAGUCCUGGAUGGAGCAGUAGCUGUGUUUGAUGCUUCAGCUGGUGUUGAGGCCCAAACUCUGACGGUGUGGAGACAAGCAGACAAGCAUCAGAUACCGCGAAUUUGCUUUUUAAACAAGAUGGACAAAAAUGGGGCAAGUUUUACAUACGCUGUUGAGAGCAUCAAACAAAAGUUGAAGACAAAACCUCUGCUUUUACAGUUGCCCAUAGGGGAAGCAAAGACCUUCAGAGGACUGGUUGAUGUUGUGACUAAGGAACGAAUUAUCUGGAAAUCUACUUCUGCUUUGGAUGAUGGAAAAAUUUUUGAGCAAAAGCCACUGCUGGAAGCUGAUGAUCCCAACUUGUUCCAAGAAGUCCAGGAUGCCAGAAAUACCUUAAUAGAACAAGUUGCAGAUCUGGAUGAUGAGUUUGCUGAACUGGUUCUAGGAGAAUAUAGUGAAAAUUUUGACUUACUACCAGCUGAUAAGUUACAGUCUGCUAUACGUAGAGUCACGCUAGCUCAGAAAGCAGUGCCUGUUCUCUGUGGCAGUGCGUUGAAGAAUAAAGGAGUGCAGCCAUUACUGGAUGCUAUUACUGCGUACCUGCCUGCACCUAAUGAGCGUUCAUAUGAGUUUCUGGAGAGAAUGAGCCGGCUGCUCCUGCCUUUUGCUGAUCAGCAAAUUGAAAUACCAUCACUAAUGGCUGGCAACAUUGCCCUUACUGUUGGGUUAAAACAGAGUGCCACUGGAGAUACCAUAGUGUCAUCCAAGACCUCAGCUGUAGCAGCAGCGCGCCGAGCUGGAAGGGAUGCUGGUGGAGAGCGGAGGCGUACCAGUGAAGUAGAGAGCCUUCUGCUGGCAGGCGUUGAAGUCCCUGAGCCAGUCUUUUUUUGUACAAUUGAACCACCUUCAAUGGCCAAACAACAAGACUUGGAUAAUGCACUGAACUGCCUUCAACGUGAAGAUCCAAGUUUAAAGGUGAAGCUAGAUCCUGACACAGGACAAACUAUUCUGUGUGGCAUGGGAGAACUACACAUAGAGAUUAUUCAUGACCGAAUCAAACGUGAAUAUGGAAUUGAGACUUAUUUAGGACCUCUUCAAAUAGCAUACAGAGAAACCAUCCUAAAUGCUGCCCAAGCUGCAGAUACAUUGGACAAAACAGUAGGAGAUAAACGGCACUUUGUAACUGCAGAGCUAGAGGUGAGGCCGAGGUCGGGGGAGAGCGCAACAACAACACCAGUCAUAGAGUAUGCUGAAAAUGUCAUUGAGCUGCUUCCCAAAGAACUUCAAGGAGCAAUAGAAAAUGGAAUCGCUAAUUCAUGCAUUCAAGGACCUUUGCUGGGAUUCCCAGUUCAGGAUAUAGAAGUGACGGUGCAAUCACUGACGGUGCAUCCUGACACCUCCCAUACGAUGAUAUCAGCCUGUGUUUCCCGUUGCAUGCAAAAGGCUUUGAAAAAAGCCAGCAUACAAAUACUGGAGCCCCUGAUGAACCUAGAAAUCACAGUGAGUGAAGAUCAUCUCAGUGCAGCACUUGCUGACCUGGCACAGCGGAGAGGCAGUAUUCAGGAAAUCCAGAGUCGACAAGAUAACAGAGUUGUAGUUGCUGCUGUUCCUCUAGCAGAAACAAUGGGCUACUCAACAGUUCUGCGUUCUCUAACAUCUGGCUCAGCAACCUUCACUUUGGAGCUAGCUAGUUAUCAAGCCCUGAACAGUCAUGAGCAAAGCGCACUUCUUCAGAGGAGGGGAUUGGUAUGAUCACUUUACUCUGUACAAGAAAAAAGUUAUGUUCUAUCCUCCCUAUUAAAUAUUUUCAGAAGACUGUUUAGAUGCACCAGCAUGUUCUUCUGUGACCACCUGGUUAUGGUAAAUGAGAGACUAACAGCUGCAGGAGCGGACUGUGCUUCUGACUUUCCAAGGGAAUGGUCCCAAGACAAAGGGGAGUGUGAGUGAACUCAGUCAGACACAGCUGUCUAAUGCAAAGCAGUUGAACCAGAGAUGCAACCACAAUUUGCUGCUCUGACAGUUCAUAUCUUACAGAUAUCUACAAUGAUGAGUGAUGAGUGAUGCAUAUCCUUUUUAUAGACAUAAGCACUAAGUGUAUAUUAAUGCGCCAUUAAGACUGUUUCUUAACUUCACAAAGUUUACUUAAGUUUAUGUCUAUAGAUGAAAUAACAGUUUUGCCAGUCUCUAUUUGCAUUUGUUUUCAGCAGAAUAUGGUUAAGCAUCUUAAACUGUAAGUAUUCCCACACUGUUAGAAGACAGCUUCAAUGGAGUUUAGGACAAUGCAUGUAACAUUCACCUGAGUUUGCUUCUGCAAAUGAAGUAAGAUCUGUUCAAGAAAUGUUAGAAAUGCAGAGUUCUCCCACAAUAGGAAUCCUACCUACCUACCACCAUGGAGUGUUUUGGGGGUGGUGGUGGAUUUUGUUUGACCUUUAGCCUUUUGACCUAAUGAUUGAUUUAAGGUGUAAUGGUACAGUUCUGAUCUGCGGUGUGUUACAAUUCAUAAUUCAUUUGUAAUUUGCAGUUGUAUGCUUAUUUAGGAAAGCAGCAACUGAGAAAACAAAAUAAAAAGGUAGUUUACUCUUUAUAGUCAAA